AGUGCAGUGCAUUACCAACCCGACGCAUAGAGGAAAAGGAAAAUUUUAACCCCCACAAACAAAAUAAAGACAAAAAAAUAAAAAAAUCCAUUAGGGUUUGACUGGGAAAAAAAAUCCAGGAUCGCCUGCAAAAACCCUUUGGAAUUAGCGAUUCCGUUGGGUUCGCGGUCCUCUCCGUCACGGAGAUCCAUCUUCCACAGCCUCUAAAAAAUCCGGAAUUUUUACAGAGAGACAGUGAGUGAGUGAGAGAAUUGGUGCAGUGAAUUUUACAGAGAGAAAGUAAGAGAGGGGGGAGGUGGUUUUUUGAACCUUGGGAUUGGAGGACUUAAAUGGGUUUUUGUUAAAAAUUUGGAGGGAUUUGGGGUUUUGCGGGUAUUUUUUUUUUUUUCAGUUUUUAUUUUUAAUAAAAGAAAGUUCUAUUUUUGGUGCAUUUGGGGUUGUGAGUGCGUGUGCAUUUGGGUUGAUUUUUGCAUGCAAUCCAGUGGAGGAGGUGGCGCUGGGCCCAGCCGGGUGGGUCCGGCAGGGCGGGCGGCAUCAACUUCAGCUGCGUCGCCAUCCUCUUCAUCUUCAGCCGCGCCCACGCCGCACUUGGGGUUCGAUUCCAUGCAGCAGCAGCAGCAGCAGCAAAUAGGGUCUAGGCAGUUAUUACAACAACAGUUUCAUAGAAAACCUGAAGGGAAUGAAGCCCUUCUAGCAUAUCAAUCUAGUCUCCAAGGAGUUAUGGGAGGGAACAAUUUCAGUUCAUCUCCUGGCUCUAUGCAAUUGCCUCAACAGUCCAGGAAAUUCAUUGAAUUGGCUCAACAACAUGGUUCCUCCCAUGAGGGCCUGCAUAGGAGUCAAGCUGUUGAGCAACAAGCGCUAAAUCCAGUCCAUCAAGCUUAUAUUCAAUAUGCUUUGCAGGCUGCUCAACAAAAGUCGCAAUCGCAGCAGCAUGCUAAAAUGGGAAUGUUGAGCCCUCCAUCUGGGAAGGAUCAGGAAAUGCGAAUGGGAAAUAUUAAAAUGCAGGAUCUCAUUUCCAUGCAGGUGCCUACUCAGGCUCAGGCAUCAUCAUUGAAAAACUCAUCUGACCAUUUUGGUCGUGGUGAAAAGCAGAUGGAUCAAGGACAGCAAUCAGCCUCUGAGCAGAGGACUGAGCCAAAGCCUCCAACCCAGGCGACAGGCAUUGGACAAUUAAUACCUGGAAAUAUGGGAAGGCCUUCACAAGCACCACAAGCUCAGCAGAAUGCCCAAAACUCUGCAAACAACCAGCUCACAAUGUCUGCCCAGUUGCAGGCAAUGCAUUCAUGGGCACUUGAGCGCAAUAUUGAUCUCUCCCUGCCUGCAAAUGCUAACUUGAUGGCGCAACUCAUUCCAUUAAUGCAGUCUAGGAUUGUUCCACAGCAAAAAGCAAAUGAAAGUAAUAUGGAUGCACAGUCAUCAUCUGUUCCAGCGUCAAAGCAGCAAGUUACCUCUCCGCCGGUUGCUAAUGAGAGUUCUCCCCAUACUAAUUCAUCAAGUGAUAUGUCCGGACAGUCAGGCCCUGCAAAAGCAAGGCAGACUGUUUCUCCCAGCCCUUUUGGUUCAACUUCAAAUGCUGGCAUAGUUAACCACUCUAACAAUGCUUCAUUGCAGCAGUUCUCCACUCAUGGCAGAGAGAAUCAGUUGCCUUCAAGACAGCCUGCUGUGAUUGGUAAGGGAAUGCCUUCCAUGCAUCCUCCACAGUCAUCCCCCAACAUGAGCCAGGGUGUUGAUCAUUCUCUGAGUGCAAAAAAUCCAAUGAAUGGCCCAGAAACUCAGCAGAUGCAGUAUCUCAGGCAGUCAAGUCGAUCUUCUCCACAAGCUGCAGUUCCUACUAAUGAUGGGGGCUCUGGCAGCAACAUCCUUCCACUUGGUGGAUCAAGUAGUCAGAUGCCUCAACAGCGUUCUGGAUUCACCAAACAUCAAUUGCAUGUUCUUAAAGCACAAAUACUAGCAUUUAGGCGUCUGAAGAAAGGAGACCCUGGUCUCCCUCAAGAACUUCUCCGGGCUAUUGCUCCACCACCCCUCGAGCUGCAGCUGCAACAGCAAUUUCCUCCUGCGGGAGGAAAUAUUGAGGAAAAAUCUGCCAGGAAUAUUGUCGCUGACCAUCCGAGGCAUAUAGAGUCCAAUGAGAAGGAUAAACAUGCUGUCACAUCAAUUAAUGGGCAAAGUUUCCCAACAGAGGAAGCCUUUGGGGCAGAUGAUAAAGCAACCAUCACCACAGCUCAUAUGCAAGGUGUGCCGGUUUUAAUGAAGGAUCCUUCACCAGUGGCAUCUGCUGGGAAAGAUGAGCAGCAGCAAUCCACUGUAUUUUCUGUAAAGUCAGACCCGGAUGUUGAACGAGGUACUCAUAGGCCCCCUAUUAGAAGUGAUUUUCCAGCGGAUAGGGGAAAGUCUGUUGCACCCCAGGGAGCUGUAGAUGCAGAGCAAGCUAACAAACCUGCACAAGCAAGCACUGCCCCUCAGCAGAAAGACAUUAGUUCCAACAGAAAGUAUCAUGGGCCCCUAUUUGAUUUCCCCUUUUUCACUAGGAAACAUGACUUAUUUGGGUCGGCAAUGAUGGUUAACAGCAAUAAUCAUCUAACAUUAGCAUAUGACGUCAAAGAUCUUCUUUGUGAUGAAGGCAUGGAAGUGCUUACAAAGAAAAGGUCUGAAAAUUUAAGAAAGAUUGGUGGUUUACUGGCAGUGAACUUAGAGAGGAAAAGGAUUAGGCCAGAUCUUGUCUUGAGGUUGCAAAUUGAAGAGAAAAAGCUUCGACUGUUAGAUCUACAGGCCCGGUUAAGAGAUGAAAUUGAUCAACAGCAACAGGAGAUAAUGGCAAUGCCUGACAGGCCAUAUAGGAAGUUUGUUAGACUGUGUGAGCGCCAGCGUAUGGAGCUGACCAGACAAGUACAGGCCUCCCAGAAAGCUAUGAGAGAGAAGCAACUGAAAUCCAUAUUCCAGUGGCGUAAGAAGCUUCUUGAGACUCAUUGGGCCAUCCGUGAUGCACGAACUGCACGGAAUAGGGGGGUUGCCAAAUAUCAUGAGAGGAUGUUAAGGGAGUUUUCAAAAAGAAAGGACGAUGAUAGAAAUAAGAGGAUGGAGGCACUGAAAAAUAAUGAUGUCGAAAGGUAUAGGGAGAUGUUGCUGGAGCAGCAGACAAGCAUCCCAGGUGAGGCCGCAGAGAGAUAUGCUGUUCUCUCAUCGUUCUUGACUCAGACAGAAGAAUAUCUACAUAAACUGGGAAGUAAAAUAACUGCUGCCAAAAAUCAACAGGAAGUGGAGGAGGCAGCAAAUGCCGCUGCAGUUGCUGCGCGAAUACAGGGUCUCUCUGAAGAGGAAGUUAGGGCAGCGGCAACUUGUGCAGGGGAGGAAGUAAUGAUAAGAAAUCGGUUUAUGGAAAUGAAUGCACCGAAGGAUAGUUCAUCUGUCAGCAAGUAUUAUAAUCUUGCACAUGCUGUGAAUGAAAGGGUUGGAAGGCAACCCUCAAUGUUACGGGCUGGAACCUUGAGAGACUAUCAACUUGUUGGGUUGCAAUGGAUGCUAUCGCUGUAUAACAAUAAAUUAAAUGGAAUCUUGGCAGAUGAGAUGGGUCUUGGGAAGACUGUACAGGUAAUGGCAUUGAUAGCUUACUUGAUGGAGUUCAAAGGAAACUAUGGCCCACAUCUUAUAAUAGUUCCAAAUGCUGUUCUGGUAAAUUGGAAGAGUGAGUUACAUAAUUGGCUCCCAUCUGUGUCAUGCAUUUUUUAUGUUGGUGGGAAGGAUCAACGGUCAAAAUUAUUUUCUCAAGAGGUUGCUGCUUUGAAAUUUAAUGUCCUGGUGACGACUUAUGAGUUCAUCAUGUAUGAUCGUUCGAAACUUUCAAAAAUUGAUUGGAAGUAUAUUGUAAUUGAUGAAGCACAACGGAUGAAGGAUAGGGAAUCAGUUUUAGCACGUGAUCUUGAUAGAUAUCGCUGCCAGAGGCGCUUGCUACUGACUGGGACGCCACUACAGAAUGAUUUGAAGGAACUGUGGUCACUUCUAAAUCUACUUCUUCCGGAAGUUUUUGAUAAUCGGAAAGCAUUUCAUGACUGGUUCUCAAAACCCUUUCAAAAGGAAGCUCCUACACCAAAUGCCGAGGAUGACUGGCUAGAGACUGAAAAAAAGGUCAUCAUCAUCCACCGGCUUCAUCAAAUUCUAGAGCCCUUUAUGCUCAGGCGUCGUGUUGAAGAUGUGGAAGGCUCACUUCCACCCAAGGUGUCCAUAGUUUUAAGAUGUAGGAUGUCAGCUAUUCAGAGUGCCAUUUAUGAUUGGAUCAAAUCCACUGGUACUCUUCGUGUUGAUCCUGAAGAUGAAAAGCGGAGGGUUCAAAAAAAUCCAAUUUACCAGGCUAAAGUGUAUAGAACUCUAAAUAACAGAUGUAUGGAACUUCGGAAAGCCUGCAAUCAUCCUUUGUUGAAUUAUCCAUAUUUCAAUGACUUGUCGAAGGAUUUUCUUGUAAGAUCAUGUGGGAAAUUAUGGAUCAUGGACAGGAUUCUUAUUAAACUUCAGAGAACUGGGCAUCGAGUACUGCUCUUUAGUACCAUGACAAAACUCCUUGAUAUAUUGGAGGAAUACUUGCAAUGGCGGCGGCUUCUAUACAGGCGAAUUGACGGAACAACUAGUUUAGAAGAUCGUGAAUCGGCUAUUGUGGACUUUAAUAGCCAUGAUUCAGACUGCUUCAUUUUCUUGCUUAGUAUUCGUGCUGCAGGUAGAGGUCUUAACCUUCAAUCUGCUGAUACAGUUAUAAUAUAUGAUCCUGAUCCAAACCCUAAGAAUGAGGAACAGGCAGUUGCUAGGGCCCAUCGUAUUGGACAGACUAGAGAAGUCAAAGUCAUUUAUAUGGAAGCUGUUGUUGAUAAAAUCUCUAGCCAUCAGAAAGAAGACGAGCUAAGAAGUGGAGGUACGGUUGAUAUGGAUGAUGACCUUGCUGGUAAGGAUCGAUAUAUGGCUUCUAUUGAGGGCUUGAUAAGGAACAACAUUCAACAAUAUAAAAUUGAUAUGGCUGAUGAGGUUAUCAACGCUGGGCGUUUUGACCAGAGAACAACACACGAAGAGAGACGCCUGACUUUAGAGACAUUAUUGCAUGAUGAGGAGAGGUAUCAAGAAACUGUCCAUGAUGUACCCUCCCUGCAGGAGGUCAAUCGCAUGAUUGCUAGGAGCAAAGAGGAAGUUGAGUUGUUUGAUCAAAUGGAUGAGGAACUGGAUUGGGCUGAAGAGAUGACGCGGUAUGAUCAGGUACCCAAGUGGCUUCGAGCGAAUACUAGAGAAGUAAAUGCCACUGUUGCAACUCUUUCAAAAAGACCAUCAAAGAACACUAUAUUGGCUGGUAAUAUUAUCAUGGAAUCUAGUGAAAUAGGUUCUGAUUCAUCUCCAAAAGCUGAAAGGAAAAGGGGACGGCCCAAAGGAAGAAAGCAUCCUAAUUACAAAGAAUUAGAUGAUGAAAAUGGGGAAUACUCUGAAGCAAGUUCUGAAGAGAGAAAUGGAUCCUCUAUACAUGAAGAAGAGGGAGAAAUUGGAGAGUUUGAAGAGGAUGAAUUUAGUGGUGCUGUUGGGGCACCGCCAGUCAAUAAAGACCAAUUGGAAGAGGAGGGUCCAGUUUGUGGUGGUGAGUUUGAGUAUCCUCGGGCUUCAGAAAGCACAAAAAAUAAUCAUUUGCUGGAAGAAGCAGGUUCCUCUGGAUCAUCCUCUGAUACUCGAAGAUUGACACAAAUGGUAUCGCCUUCUGUUUCUUCUCAGAAGUUCGGUUCCCUGUCGGCUUUAGAUGCUAGGCCAGGUUCUCUCUCCAGAAGGCUGCCAGAUGAACUAGAGGAAGGGGAAAUUGCAGUAUCUGGAGAUUCUCACAUGGAACACCAACAAUCGGGAAGUUGGAUUCAUGACCGUGAUGAUGGCGAAGAAGAACAGGUUUUGCAACCCAAAAUAAAACGAAAACGCAGUCUUCGAGUUCGUCCCCGCCAUCCAGUCGAAAGGCCAGAGGAGAAGUCUGGAAAUGAAGCACAAUCUUUCCAGCGUGGAGAUUCAUCUCUUUUGCCAUUCCAAGUGGAUAUUAAGUAUCAGGCUCUGUUAAGAACUGACCCUGAAACAAAACCUUAUGGAGAGUCCAAUGCUUCUAAGCAUGAUCAAAAUGAUUCGUCCUCCAAAAACAGGCGACACUUGGCACCAAGGAGAAUAGCUAAUACAUCAAAAUUGCGUGCUUCACCAAAAUCUAGCAGAUUAAAUUGCAUGUCUGCUUCUCUAGAAGAUAAUGCCGAACAGUCGAGAGAAAGUUGGGAUGCUAAAGCUAUGAAUUCAAGUGGGACAACAACCUUUGUCUCUAAGAUGCCUGAAAACAUCCAGAGAAGGUGCAAGAGUGUAAUUAGCAAGCUCCAAAGGAAAAUUGGUAAGGAAGGUCCUCAAAUUAUACCUCUGCUUACAGAUUUGUGGAAGAGGAUUGAAAACUCUGGGUACAUAAGUGGACCAGGAAAUAAUAAUUUGGAUUUACGAAAGAUUGAUCAGCGUAUUGACAGAUUAGAGUACAAUGGAGUGAUGGAGCUUGUGUUUGAUGUCCAGUUCAUGUUGAAAAGUGCAAUGCAUUUUUAUGGGUUCUCAUAUGAGGUGAGAUCUGAAGCAAGGAAAGUGCAUGAUCUCUUUUUCGAUAUCUUGAAGAAUGUAUUUCCAGACACAGAUUUUCGAGAGGCCAGAAAUGCACUCUCUUUUUCGGGCUCAUUUUCUACCACUUCUGCUCCUUCCCCAAGACAAGCAGCUGUUGGUCCAAGCAAGAGACACAAGUUGAUAAAUGAGGUGGAACCUGACCCAGGCCCUCCACAGAAGCUACUGCAACGUGGACUCAUUUCCAGUGGGGAAGAUGCAAGAAUCAGAGGUCAUAUCCCCCAGAAGGAAUCAAGGCUUGGGAGUGGUAUUGGUGCUAGUCGGGAGCAAUGCCAGCAGGAUGAUCCUCCACUUCUAACUCAUCCAGGAGAGCUGGUUAUCUGCAAGAAGAAGAGAAAAGACAGGGAGAAAUCAGUGGUGAAGCCUAGGACUGGAUCAGUAGGCCCGGUUUCACCCCCUAGCAUAGGUCGUGGUAUAAGAAGUCCAGGUCCAGGGUCAGUACCCAAGGACACAAGACAGACCCAACAAACUACGCAUUCGCAAGGAUGGGCCAACCAACCUGGUCCUGCUCAACCGGCAAAUGGUGAUGGUGGGUCUGUUGGUUGGGCAAAUCCUGUGAAGAGGUUGAGGACAGAUUCUGGGAAAAGAAGGCCAAGCCAUACAUGACUCUAGUGUAUGAGGUAGUGGAGAAAUUUAUUCCUAGAUAGUUAAGGUGCUGAGUUAGUAGAGGCCCUUCUCUGCCUGUACUUAAGCAAUUGGCCAUACUGUUAAUAAUAGUGUAGUCUUUGUUCCACCAUUGUAUCUUUACAGGCUGUUACCCUGGUUCAGAAUCAAAUGGUUCUUUUUGUAUCUGCCCCGUCCUUCCAGGCAUUAUGGCUGAAAUCCUUGUAAAGUAUAGACUUGCUUCAUACUAAUUUUCAUGGUCAUCAUGCAUAUUUCAUCUGA